UUGCCUUCGAUCGUACCUGUGCGCAUUAUGCUCUUGGAUAAUUUCUUACAAUAUCACACAACCAAGUCGCCUUCAUUGCCGUACGCCGCCGACGUGGAGUCGCCGCUGAAGCCAGAAGAACUCCAGGUUCUGCGAGCGCAAUACGAGAAGGAGGGAGAAUACGUCGGUCUACAGACCAAGUUCAACUACGCAUGGGGCCUCAUAAAAUCCAACUCGCGCCCCGACCAGCAAGAAGGCGUGCGGCUGCUUUCAGAAAUCUUCCGCAAUUCUCGCGAACGGCGGCGCGAAUGUCUCUACUACCUCGCUCUCGGAAACUAUAAGCUCGGAAACUAUGCCGAGGCACGAAGAUACAACGAGCUUUUGCUGGAGCGUGGAGCCCGCCAACUUGCAGGCAGGCAGCUUGAAGGGCCUGAUCGACGAGAAGGUGGCAAAGGAAGGUCUCGUUGGAGCAGCUAUUGUUGGCGGACUGGUUGUUGCGGCUGGUGUGGUGGGGAGCAUGAUGAUGAGGACCAAGAAGCGGUAAUGAUUUGAAGGCAGCUCUGGGAAAUAUGGACGACUUGGAUGACUAUUGGAGUAUUGUGAUGCUCCAGCAAGCGUAAUGCAUAGGCGUUGGUGGUUUCAAUAUCUUUGGCUAAGACUGUAGAAACGUCCAAGCAGUCUUUCUGUACAUGCAAAUCGAUCGAACUGUCUUCGCUACGA